UGGUACAGGGGAGUGGGGACUAGAAUGGUUUCGAAAACAGGGAGGGAGAGGCUGGUGCUGUUUGGGGCAGCUGAAGAAGGGCAGCAGGUAGAUAAUUAGAGCACAGGGUAAUCAGCUGGUCUCUCAGUCUCCAUGAUACUUUUCUUUUUGAUGAUGGCUACCUCCUUCUGAGAGGUGUGCCUCCCAGCCUUCAUUUUCCAGCACAAAUCCCUUCAGGGAGUGAGCUAGACCUGGCCAACCUUGGGAUCCCCUGGCUGUCUGAGGAUUUCAGGAUUGUGUGAGGAUUGGGGUAAAAAAGAAAAGAGGGGAAUGAAUUUGAAUGUGAGAAAUACCUGUGGCACUAUUGUCUUUGCUGGGAGGCCGCUUUGGGGUCAGACUGCUUGGAUUCCAAACUUGCCUCUGCCAUUUAAUCUCUUGGAACCUUGGUCAAGUCACUUGAUCUCUCCGAACCUCAGUUUCUUUAUCUGUAAAAUGGGGAUAAUAACCUCUAAUAUAAUUGCAAGGAUUAAACGAGUGUUUGGCAUGGUAUCUGGCUCAUAAUAAGCGCUCAGUAAAUGUUAUUUUUCCCUCUUUCCAUUCUCUUCCUUCUGUCUCUCCAGUCUUCUCCUUUUCUCGUUUUGUUCUUCUGAAUCUUCAGUUCUGAGAUGCCCCUCAGAUGUGGGGGCUGAGAAAAACUGAUUGUAUCUGUCGGGGCCAAGGGUGGUGGGGUGUUGGGGGAAAUCCUCCAACUGGCCCAGGUGAACACAUGAUGAUCAGAUGAUCAGUUAUCUCUUCACUGUCUGUCCCCAGCCUACAAAUGUGUUUUUGUUCCAGGGAAGACACAUGAUCUGCUUCUCUUUCAGCCCCCUUUCCUAUAUCCCUCUCUCAUACAAGUUACGUCUUCAGAUUCUCACACAGAAGUAUAAUAAGACCUGAAGUUGCAUAGGCACUGCAGCAAGUGAGAUAGGGGCAGGGGUGUUUCAGGAAAGAAAGGCUACACGUCACACAGGGGAGGCUCAGGGAAGGGAGGGCUUUGGAAGUUCCAUAGUAAUUUAUGUUCAUUCCAUUGCUGUGUCCUCUCUGGGGAACUGUCCAAAACAGGCUAGUGUCUGGAUUCUGGCCAGGGGUCUCCAUUCCAAGUUAAAGAUGGUCAUAUACAGUAAGUUUUUAAAAUUGUUUAGGUUUUCCCGUGCCAGUAUUUGGUUCUAGUUCACUUUCCCCAGCCACACAGACCUCUGCCAAACUGCCUGUCUCUCACAUCACGGUCAGCUUUUACCCAGAGAAUUUAUACAAAUGUACCUGGGUACAUGUGCACACACAUACACAUUUGUCUGUUUUAGGAUAUUCCAGUAUGCAAAAAUAAGUUAAGGGGUGAGUCUGCAUCUUAUCACAGCACUUUGUGUGCAGGGCCCUGACUAGACACUUCAGAGGAGGCUUAAAAGGAGAAAACGCAAUCCCUAAAUGUAGGGAAAUCCCCACCUGAGUAGGGAGACAGGCAGUCCCAUGUGAAACACCCAGCAAGCAUCCACAGAGUAACAUGUCACUCUGUGCAAAGUAGUGCAGCAUUUAUCCUGAGGUAGGAGUGUAUGUAUGUGUGGAGGAUAGUCAUAAAGGUAACCUGAAGGAGGUGACUAUUGGAUCAUCUUGAACAAAAUAAGAGACAAAGAAUAAAAGAAACACAUGGAGUAAUCUAACAGUUUGUGCAAAGAGGAGGAGGGGAGCCAUUGAGUCAGGGUGAGCCAAGAGGAGUGUGGGAUGGGUCUUGUUUAAAGGCUUUGAAUGAGAUGAGAUGAGAGAUUCUGUAGGGUGGGCAAUAGGGACCCACCACUGGUUUUCAAGCAAGAAAAUGUUGGAACCUUCCCAGUUUAACCACAUGGGUCUCAGGGGAUAUGCUAGAGUGAGGAAAACAGAACUGCUUCCUGUGGUAAGGACUGUGCUUUUAAGGGAGUAGGGCUAGAGGGCAGAUUGGAUCCAGCCCUGGGACCAAUUAGUCCCCCUUAGUUUUUUAUCUGAAAAAUGAGGACUGCCUAGGGUGGUUGCCAGCAUCCUCUCCAGCUCUGACAUUCUGUGUUCCCUGAAUAACUGCUAGACCUUAAGAUGGCUUUGUUUUGUGGGAUUUGCCAAGACCAUUCAGUCAGUAAGUCAAGAAAUAAUAGCACAUACUGUGUGCCAAUAGGGGGUGGUGAGGAAAAUACAAUGGGCAUAGGAUAUUGGAGUAAGCAAAAACAGUCCCUGCCCCUUAGAGUUUUCAGCCUAGUGGAGGUGCCAGAUAUUUCAUUGAUUCUAAGACUCACAUUUUAACAUUUUUGAAGUCAAGAUGCAUCUUAAAAUCAGUGGAGUAUCAUAAUUUAAUUGGCAGCAUUUGUUUUUUAUUAGUGCCACGUAAAAUAAGAAUACAAUCAGAAUUGUACAAAUAACUGUAAAAUUCCAGUGGAUAAUUGCUGAAGGGGGAGGUAACAUGGUGUCUGAGUGUGUAAAAGAGGGCUCUGACUAGUCCGCUGGGUUGGAGAAAGGCAUUCCUGAAGAAAUGAUGACUGCCAGAUGUGAAGGAUAUGUAGGCGAGUUGUGUGGGCUUGGAAGGAAGAUUGCCCCAGGCAGAGGUGGAUGUCUGAGGUGGGAGGAUUGAGAGAAGGAGCUUAGCAUGGGUGAAGUAGGCAAGGCAGUUGGGAAGCAAACGUGCCACAGCCUCCCAGACCCAUUAAAGAGUUUUAAGCAGGUGAGUAACAUGCGUGGCCUGAGGUUGGAGUGGGUGUCGGGAGACCAGUCAAGAGGCCACUGAGGUAGGUCAGAUGAAAAAAGAGGGGUGGUAGGGGUGGAGGAGGAAACGGAGAGAAAUAGAUGGAUUCAAGAAAUCUUUAGGAGGUAAAAUUAACAGGACUCAUUGAUGUAUUGACAAAAAAGAAGGAGGUGUGGUGAGUGACUCACAGAUUUCUAUCUUGGGCAACUGUGUGAAUGGUGGCACCAGUCUCUGAGAUGGGCGACCCUGGAGCCUGGGAGGACCCAAAGAUGGUUACGUAGCGUCUGGGAGGUUAGAGAGGAUCCUGAGGCAGCUUGGGUGGGAAAGUGUGGCACAGAGAAUUGGAUUUCCUCCCAUGUUGAUUGGUUUCUGACUUCCACGCGGAAGAAAGUUUCAGGGGGCAGGAGCAGGUCUGAAUACAGGGCUUAGAAUGUGUGAUCCCUGAGAAAAGGUGAUCCAUGUUGGAGUAGUUUGACUUACCCUUCCUUCUCUUCUUAGGACAAGAUGGGUGGGAAGAGAGGAAGUACAGAUAUUGCUAAAAGAGAGAUUAGAGCAUUUUUAGAUGCUGAGCCUUCAUACCAUAGGGAUAAUUGGGAAAGUAGGGAAAUUGGGCAGCAGUGAGCCAGCUCCCACCUUUCUGUGGAACUCCUCCCUACCACCCCCCACCUUCCAAGCAAAGAGGAGGAAGGGCAGAGCCUUUUAGCUGCAUCUCUGUGCCCUAGUUUACUUUAAAAAUUUUUUUGAAAGGGUAAAUAUAGUCAUAUUCAAAGUUACAAAAGGGCAAACAGAAUUCUCCUUUCUACCUGUCCCCAUUCUCAUUUCUUGUGUGUCAUCUUUUGUCUCCAAUUUUUAUACAAGUAAUAAAACUUUGCUGCACUUUGCUUCCCCCCCCCACUUGUUUAUGUAUCUUAGAGAUUAUUCCCUAUCAAGACAAUGAGCCUCUUCAUUCUUUUAUAUGACUGCAUAGUAUUCCAUUUUAUGUUUGUGUAAAAGUCCAUAGUUCCUUGCUGAUAUUUAGGCUAUUAUAGUCUUUUGGUUUUAUAAAUAAUGCUGAUAUGAAAACCUUGUACACAGAUGUAGGGCUAUAUCUAUAGGAUGAAUUUUUAGAAUCGGAAGGUUCUAUAUAAAGAGGAUUUGUUCCUUCAUUUGUUCGUUCAUUCACUUAAUAUUUGUUGAGUACCCAUUAUGUGCCAGACACUGCGGCAGAUACCAGGAAUCCAGCUUUCAACAAGUCAGAUACGAUCUCUGCCCUCAUGGAAUGUUAUUAUUCUCUGUCGGUUCCCGAUUCUGGUCCCCGGCCCCCAGCAGCGCCUGCCCCCUUCCCACCGGGGCCCCCCAUGAUGCCACCACCCUUCAUGCCUCCUCCAGGAAUCCCCCCACCUUUUCCUCCAAUGGGGCUCCCCCCGAUGAGUCAGAGACCACCGGCCAUCCCCCCUAUGCCACCUGGCAUCAUGCCCCCAAUGCUUCCACCAAUAGGGGCACCACCACCACUCACACAGAUACCAGGAAUGGUACCACCCAUGAUGCCAGGGAUGCUGAUGCCAGCGGUGCCCGUCACCGCAGCGACGGCUCCAGGUGCGGACACCGCCAGCUCUGCUGUGGCUGGGACGGGCCCUCCGAGGGCCCUGUGGAGUGAGCAUGUGGCCCCUGAUGGGCGCAUCUACUACUACAAUGCUGACGACAAGCAGUCCGUGUGGGAGAAGCCCAGCGUGCUCAAGUCCAAGGCAGAGCUCCUGCUAUCCCAGUGUCCCUGGAAAGAGUACAAGUCGGACACAGGCAAACCUUACUACUAUAACAACCAGAGUAAGGAGUCCCGCUGGACCCGGCCCAAGGACCUGGAUGACCUGGAGGCUCUAGUCAAACAAGAGGCUGCAGGGAAACGGCAGCAGCCACGGACACUACAGCCUCAGCCUUCUCAGCCACAGCCUGACCCCCCACCUGUGCCGCCUGGCCCCACCUUGGUGCCCACGGGCCUCCUAGAACCUGAGCCAGGUGGGAGUGAAGAUUGCGAUGUGUCAGAGGCUGCCCAGCCUCUGGAGCAGGGGUUCUUGCAGCAGCCAGAGGAGGGCCCCAGCAGUUCUGCUGGACAGCAUCAGCCACCACAGCAGGAGGAAGAGGAAUCAAAGCCAGAACCGGAGAGGUCUGGCCUCAGUUGGAGCAAUCGGGAGAAGGCAAAGCAGGCCUUCAAGGAGCUGCUGAGGGAUAAGGCUGUCCCCUCCAAUGCUUCGUGGGAACAGGCCAUGAAGAUGGUGGUCACCGACCCCCGUUACAGUGCCUUGCCCAAACUGAGUGAGAAAAAGCAGGCAUUCAAUGCCUACAAGGCGCAGCGGGAGAAGGAGGAGAAGGAAGAGGCCCGGCUAAAAGCCAAGGAGGCCAAGCAGACCUUGCAGCAUUUCUUGGAGCAGCAUGAGCGCAUGACCUCCACCACCCGCUACCGGCGGGCAGAACAGACCUUUGGGGAGCUGGAGGUCUGGGCUGUGGUCCCCGAGAGGGAUCGAAAAGAGGUUUAUGAUGAUGUCCUUUUCUUCCUGGCCAAGAAGGAGAAGGAACAGGCCAAGCAGCUCCGGCGCCGCAACAUCCAGGCCCUGAAGAGCAUCCUGGAUGGGAUGAGUAGCGUCAACUUCCAAACCACAUGGUCCCAGGCCCAGCAGUACCUCAUGGAUAACCCCAGCUUUGCUCAGGACCAUCAGCUACAGAACAUGGACAAGGAAGAUGCGCUGAUCUGCUUUGAGGAGCACAUCCGUGCUUUGGAGAGGGAGGAGGAGGAGGAGCGAGAGAGGGCCCGGCUUCGGGAGCGGCGCCAGCAGCGCAAGAACCGGGAGGCCUUUCAGACCUUCCUGGAUGAGCUGCACGAGACAGGGCAGCUGCACUCUAUGUCCACCUGGAUGGAGCUGUACCCAGCAGUCAGCACUGAUGUCCGCUUUGCCAACAUGCUGGGCCAGCCGGGCUCCACCCCUCUGGACUUAUUCAAGUUCUAUGUGGAGGAGUUGAAGGCACGAUUCCAUGAUGAGAAGAAGAUCAUUAAGGACAUCCUUAAGGACCGGGGCUUCUGCGUGGAGGUGAACACAGCCUUUGAGGACUUCGCCCACGUCAUAAGCUUUGACAAGAGGGCUGCUGCGCUGGAUGCAGGCAACAUCAAGCUGACUUUCAAUAGUCUGCUGGAGAAAGCAGAGGCGCGGGAGAGAGAGCGGGAGAAGGAGGAGGCACGAAGGCUGCGGCGCAGAGAAGCUGCCUUUCGAAGCAUGCUGAGGCAGGCUGUGCCUGCUGUGGAGCUGGGCACUGCCUGGGAAGAGGUCCGUGAGCGCUUUGUGUGCGACUCAGCCUUUGAGCAGAUCACCCUGGAGUCGGAGCGGAUCCGGCUCUUCCGGGAGUUCCUGCAGGUACUGGAGACUGAAUGCCAGCACCUCCACAGCAAAGGCCGGAAACACGGCAGAAAGGGCAAGAAGCACCAUCGCAAGCGUUCCCACUCGCCCUCAGGCUCUGAGUCAGAAGAUGAAGAGCUGCCCCCACCAUCUCUCCGGCCCCCCAGGCGGAGGCGGCGGAACCCCUCGGAGUCAGGCUCUGAGCCCUCUUCCUCACUUGAUUCUAUUGAAAGUGGGGGUGCUGCCCUUGGAGGACGGGGUUCCCCAUCCUCCCGCCUUCUCCUUGGAUCAGAUCAUGGCCUUCGGAAAGUCAAGAAACCAAAAAAGAGAACUAAGAAGAGAAGACACAAGUCGAACAGUCCUGAGAGUGAGACAGACCCUGAGGAGAAAGCGGGCAAGGAGAGUGAUGAGAAAGAACCAGAGCAGGACAAGGACAGGGACCUCCGGCGGGCAGAGCUCCCUAACCGCUCCGCAGGCUUUGGAAUCAAGAAGGAGAAGACGGGCUGGGACACAUCGGAAAGCGAGCUGAGCGAGGGUGAGCUGGAAAGACGGCGGCGGACGCUCCUGCAGCAGCUGGAUGACCACCAGUGACCUGAUGAGGCACCGUGCCUCGGGUCUGUGUGAGGCUGUGGCCUAGUUUACCCUCGCUGUCUACCCCAGACUUCUUCCUUAGUUGGGUCUGUGUCCGCUUUUCCUCAAGUAGCCCCAACCCCAACACAUCAUCGCCAGCACCUCCCAAGGUUGCUCGCGGUGUUCAAGGGUCCUCCCAGCUUCCCGGACAGCUAGUGCGGUCCCUGCCCUCAGCCCCAGACCAGCGAUUGGUGGUGAAUGCCAUGUGGGUGGGUGGUGCCAGUAAUGUGAGAAGGGGCCCCCAGGAAGAGUGACAGGCUGGUGGACACAGCCUGGGUGGCAGAGGGCGGGGUCCUUACCCUCUAGCAUCAGUACCUGCUCCUGCCUGCCGGGGCCCCGGGGUCCAGUGUAUGUGUGUUUCGUUUUGGUUUUGGUUUUGGUUUUUAAAUAACAAUAUUUAUAACGUG